AACUUGAUACUCGAUCCCUAAUACUGUCCUAUCUCAUUCUCUUCAUGACAGCUUCAUGAGAGAGUUCUUUAUCUUGUUUAGAAUUAUUUUCCUCAUCUUCUGCCAAAUUUUAUUGAGGAAAAAUGCCUAAUCAUCCUGUGUUGGUUUCAGGUGCGGUAAUUGUUGUUGCUGUGGCUGUUGGUGUGAGUUUCCCCUCUUUUGCAGAAUUCAUGCAAUGCACGAUGAAGGAAUCCGAAAAAUUAAUACAAGCAAUAGGCCGCAAUAGCAGUAUAUGAAUCACCGCAAGCUCGUCAAUUCGUGGAAGAUGCCCGUCGUAAAAUAGCACUUGCACUACAUUCCCUCGGUGAUGAAAUCAAUCCAGGUAGUCAACAACCUCGUUUCAACCGACCUGAGGAUGCCGAGGGUUUCUUGCAGAGUGCUUCGGAAGCAGGUGUUGAUGCCGAUGAGGAUAGUAGAAGAAAACAGAGAGAGGAGUUGAUGUACUGGAAUGCAGUACGCAUGGAAAAAAUGGAGAAGGAGAAGAAAAUGAAUGAGAAAAGACCGGCAAGCAAUAAAAGUCGAAGUUCGAGUUUUGAGGACUUUCUACAGGAGGAUCCAAAUGCUGAGAAGGGAACCUUCGUUUACAAUACUGGUACAGAUUUGAAUAGUCAAGCGGAAGAGGGUCUUACUCACCGACGAGGUGUCAGAGGUUUGGAUCGAUCGACAAUUUACGCAAACCCAUUUGCAGACGAACAUGGUAUUGAUAUUGAGGAACAACAAGCUACGGAUAGGAGUUUAAUCUCACCUGAAGAUGGCGAACAAUAUGAAUCAGACUCUGAAGGACUAUAUAGCGUACACGAAGGCCCAACUCGACCUCGCUCUCGACAAAGUACGGCUACUCUCGAAGCAGUGGAACCUUUGGCCCACGAAGACACUGAGACACUCGUUGAUAUUUCUGAGCCAUUCAUUCCAGACCCACCAGUUUCUGUGCCUACCUAUGAAAACAUGGAAACUGAGCCAACUUAUACUGAAAGAUCACAAGAUACUCAGAAUCCAUUUGCUUCCAUACACGCUUGGGCUGAUCACACCGAUAACUCAACUGGCUUUUACUCUCCUCUCCCUGUUACACCCCACGAACGUCCCUCCACUCCAACUUCCACCCAUAUUUCCCAAAUGACACCUCCUUCACCUACCUCCUCCGAUCCUGAGUAUUCCUCUCUUGAAUCUCUUGAUGGGGAUGGAAUGGCUACCCCAACAGAUUCUGCAUCUUUAGCUGGCUCAGGCGAAGAAGUAUGGCAUCCAAGAAGUGGUACUACCAGUGAAGCCGAUGUUAUGAGUGUGGAUGAUGGCAUCAUUACACCUGACAGUUGGACUGAAGUUGGAAGUUUGGCAAGUGAAGAUGCCGUACAUCAUUAGUUAUUCAAAGCGAGUCUCAAAAAGUUAUUCGCUUAUAAACCACGGAGUCUAUAGUAGGCGUAGCACUGGUAGAGUAGGGUUUGGCGUCAGAUAGACGUUAGAAGAUAUUAUAACAAACAGGCAGCCGAUGAAAACUUUGCAACUAGUAGCUAUGCAUCAAUCGGAAAAUUGGGAUAACAUAACCUGGAAAUACAAGCAUGGCGUCAGGAUUAAUGGGAAAGGGGAAGGAAUAAGGAUAGGCGUACAAUAGUGGACAUACCUAGCCGUCGCUAAAUUGAUCGACUGACAUACAAAUUUCUUUUGGGCAUCUUCUGUUUUAUUUUUACUGAUGGGGUAGGUAGGGGUAGGGUGU